AUGACGACCAGUUUGUCGCGAGGCACGUGUGAUGUCUCGAAAACUGCCAUCCGAGCGGCUCGAGAAUUCUCCUCACGCCAGCCCUCUGUACGACUAGACCCUACCUUCAGAUAUCAUGUCCCUCGUCGGAUAUCGACCCGCUCCUUUUCGUCCUACAGAAGCGCAUCUGCCCAAGCUCUCUUCCUUGAAUCUAAGGAGAAGUCGCGGUCCUCCAAAUCUGCGCAAAAUGUGUCGCCGUCUCAUGACGCAGUUGGCAUGUCCGAGAGCCAUAGCCGCCAAAAGCCAGAGCACACUCCAAUCUCUCUCUACUUAUCAUCGCUCGAUCCUUCCGAGCCUCAACCACAGCCAGCGAGCGCUGCCAAAUCUAGAAUCCUGACCAAAAUCCCAAAGAGAGCAUUCCAUACAUCGACAAGAAGGACGAGCGACCCAAAACGCGAUGAUACCCCGGCGCGAGCUCAGCAAUCAGACAGCAACCCUGAAUCUGCCAUACCGCCAAAGACUGAUGCGCCAAAACAAUCCCACGAGCACUUCUACGAUAGGCUGCACAUGCCGCAAUUCCACCGACCAACCAAAGAAGAGCUUCUUGCUGCGGCGACCGGCUUUUGGUCAAGGUUAAAGGUUCGCUUCAAGUGGUUGACGAUCAAGAGCGUGAGACCUUUCAACAUGGAUGAGAUCUUCGGUUUCUUCUCGUGGAUCUUGCUUGGACAUGUGGUUUGGAUCAUCGUUGGUACUACAACAUUUGUCUCUCUAGCCAUCCUAGCCAUCAACACUGUCUUUGCACAGGAGACGCUGGCUGGCUGGGUUGGCAAUUAUCUCACAAAGUCUUCCGGCGUCAAAGUUGUCUUUGAGUCGGCCAUUGUCCCCAAGUGGAGUGACGGUGUCAUCACAUUCAAGAACGUCUUUGUGUCGCGAAGACCGGGCUCGCAGAAGGCGAGUGUCACAAAGGGUUCACCCGAAGAGGCUGCUGCAAAUGCAAGCCUAGAGGAGCCAAUUCCACCCGAGGACCAGAACUACACUCAGUUCGAUGUCAACAUUGGCGAAGUCAACGUUACGUUGUCUUUCGGCAAAUGGUGGAACUCCAGAGGCCCACUCCAAAACGUCGAAGUCAAGCACGUUCGUGGGGUGAUCGAUCGCACCCAUGUCUUCUGGGGUGGGGAAUAUAUCGAUCCGAAAUCUUACCUGCACCAGCACAGCCCCGGAGACUUCGAGAUCGAAUCAUUCAAGGUCGAAGAUCUGCUCCUAUCAGUCCAUCAACCCAACAAAUUUCGACCCUUCAACGUGAGUCUCUACAAUGCCGAUUUACCGCGGUUACGUAAGCAAUGGCUCUUCUAUGACUUCUUGUGCGCCAAUAACAUGACUGGAGAGUUUGACGGCUCAAUCUUUACCAUCCACCCUCGCCAGCAUCACACCUUUACUGGAGCUGCACUCGAUGAUCCCGGCGAAAAUGGCAACGAGCCCUGGAAGAAGCAGUCACGCGUACGUUUAGAUGCCUUGAACAUCGAUCACCUGAAUCGUGGCGUCGAUGGACCCUUCGGAUGGAUCCAGGAGGGCAAUGUCGAUAUCGUCGCCGACAUUAUGAUCCCCAAUGACGACGAUGAAUCGGCUUUGAAGCUCAUGUCGGACUUUUAUGAUCGUAUGGAAGCCACAUUGACAUCCCGCAAGCAUCUUGAGCCGAAGCUCAUGUCCACCACUGGUGACACGCCAUCGGCGCUGGCUUCCACAGAGAUGGCAUCCCCCGAAACAAAUUCACGCUAUCUGGUCAUGGAUCUCCGAGUCCAUCUGAACGACGUCCGAGCUUCUGUGCCACUCUUCACACGUGAUCUCAGCUACAUUAACAGCGCUCUCAUUCGUCCAAUAGUGGCCUAUAUCAACUCGCGGCGAACAUUUAUACCCAUCAACUGCCGCCUGGUCAAGCGAGCGUCAGACUUCGAUGGAAGCUGGACGGUCUUUGAUUCAGGCCUGAUGGCUGAUCUAUCGGCUGAGGUCUACGAUGCGUUUGCGCGAGAUGUGCAAGACGAGCAAGCUAGAAUGCGAAGGUUCAAGCAAGUAGGCCUAUGGGGAGUGCAGUUGGCAGUGCAAGCCAUUUUCCUUGGAAUGGCCGGCGGUAUUGCUUGA